GAUCAGCUGUUUGUCAGCAAACACAGUGUAAAUCUUGAUUUAGAGUUUUCAAUUACAUAAAUUUUAGGUAGUUUAGCCAUGUAUGAAAUAAUAUGGGUUCUAUUGCUUCUGUUUUACAAUGGUACUGUACAGAGUGUAGUUCCAUAAACCCGACAGAAAGCUUAAAGUGUGUGAAAUGUGGAAUACCAAGGAAAUCAUUAAGCACUCAUGACAGUGAUAGAAUUUAUAAACAAACUAGAGACGUGACUGAUACUAAUAUUAAACUUAUAGAAAAGGAGAAGGAUGAUAAUGCUGCACGUUACAAUCAUUGCCUUAAUAAAAAUGACUAUGGACGAGUAUCAUGUAAAAAAUGCGCAAAAUUCAUUGAAUCUGUAGGAGAAAAUCUGACCAGAGCAACAUGGCCUUCUUCAACAAACAAAUCCAACAAUAGUAUUCCUCGUUGUCAAAGUGCUCCAAGUCUUAAUCAUAGUUGGAGAUGCCAAAAAUGCAAUUUAAUUAAUAAAUCAGUAACUUGGAAGUGCACGGUAUGUGACCAUGUGAGCAUCCAUGCUCCCGUUUACAAAGUAACUCCACCUAAUGAAUGCCAAUGUGGCAGUAUCAUAGACCAAUGUACUAGUUGCCAGCAUUCCAAUGUCAGAUGUUCUAAAUGUUUGAUAAUGGUAAAGGCAUGCAAAUAUUCAUAUUGUUCACAGUUGUGUCAUGGUUGUAGUAGAUUUAGCCAAAUUUGUACACCCGAUGAAUCGCUCAUCAUCAAUCCUUCUAGUCUAUACGCAACAAGUCUGACUUCUAAUGGUGAAAUUAAUGUAUCGAAUCAUGGAUUUGUACAGCUGCCACCGCUCCAACAUUCUUUGUCGACAUACGACGUUGAAAGUAGGAAUGAUUUACGGAAUAAAUUGCCAGAAUCACCUAAAAAAAUACCUCAUCAAUCAAAAGUUAUCCGAUCUUAUUCCAAUGGUUCAGUUGUGAAUGAACCUGAAAUUGAUAGUAAAAUAAAAAACUUAGCAUUGUCAAAUUUACUCGGGGAUCCUGUGCGCCCUUCGAGCUUGCUUUUAACUCACAAUGAAACACAUACCACAAGUAAUAUCAAAGACCAAGAUUUUAGAUUGCCAAUAACUAAAUAUAAGAUAGAAAAAGAUUGUAAUAAACAGAUGGACGCAGGGUAUACUUCAUGGGUUUGUCACAAAUGCACCUUACAGAAUUCUCACAGUCGAAAUGUUUGUGAAGUUUGUGAAGCACCACGCAAAUAUGGUUCUUGGAUAGUUAAUAAAAGAAUGUCGAUUGCUACAUUAGAUAGAUCUCGAUUCUCGCGAGAAGGCACUAGUAGCAAUAUUCCUCACAAUGGUGGCGUCAUGGUAACGGUUCACGACUGGGCUCAACCCGAAGCGACACCUUGUAAAAAAUUAUCUAGUAACUCAGGUAAUCCUUUUUCUCGCGAUCACAUCAGUUUGGAAGACAUUGCUUCUAUCACUAGUCCAGGUGUACAAAAGUCACCUAGCAUUGUGUUGCCUUUGUCGCCGCAGGUUAGACCUGGGACUAAUAAUAAAUUCGUUACUCAUGAACAUGUUUAUCAAAAUUCAGCAUGUGCAAAGAAUAAUUUUAAUCUACCAAACCGCCAAAUUUUUCCCGACGAUUCAACUUACAGAAAGAAUUUGCCGAGUUUGCCAAAUAUACCAAAUAAUAAUGCAGUAGAUAAGCCUGAACCAAUAUAUGCAAUUCCAAAUAAACUAAAGCACAAACAAACCAAAUUACCACAGCACAAUGUUAAAAUUCGAACUUCUUUUAUUGGUAGUGCGGAAACUGAUUCGUCGACAAAUCUGAAAGAAUGCACUAAAAGUUCAGCAGAAGAAAAUAAGGCUCAGCUCAUGCUAUGCGCAUGUGAUCCUUCCAUUGGAAAUGAAAGUAACGCUUCAUCAUCAAAUCAUAAUGAUGCAAACACUAGCCAAAUAACAAAUUAUUUUCGGGUCAAUGCGGCCGACGACUGUAGAGUUAAAAAUAUUCCAAGGAAAAAAUCACAAAUGACUGAACCUAUUGAAAGUGUCUUUAAAACUAAUUCAAUGGAUAAAAGCGAAGUAGUAAUUGAUAAAAGAAUGUGGACCUGCACAAAAUGUUCAUUCGCCUAUAACCCCCUGUGGAGAGAAAACUGUGAUAUUUGUAAAUUAGCUAGAUCUCAGCCAUCACUCACACAGCCAAGUCUGAUUACUGUUAAAGAUGGACAAGUAGACAACAUUAUUACUGUUCUAAAUAGGGAUAGUGUUAGGUAUGUACCUGGUAAAAUGAAUGAGGGUGAUAUUGCAAAUGGCAAUACAGCUACUAACGAUGUACCAAUAGCAACUUUCGAGCAAGAUGAGGAUUUGACUGUUGAAAAUGAUGGAUCAGAUAAAACUUGGACCUGCAAAAAAUGUACUCUUGUUAAUUCUGGUGUAGCCAUUGCCUGUGUUGUUUGUGGAGGCUCAAAGCUUCGAAGUAUUACUACUGUGGAAGAUAUGACUUUGAGGAAAGGGGAAUUUUGGUCGUGUUUUCAAUGCACACUCAAAAAUCCUCUGUCGACAAUGACGUGCCUCGCCUGCAAGACGGUGAAGAGAGGUUGCGAAUUACCUGAGAGCGCGGCGCCUCAGCGUCCUUUACCUCAACAGCAACUGAACCAGCAGCCGCAAGUAGUGCAGAGUAACCAGGCCCUGGCUGUUCCGCACAACCCGCGGAUGGCACGUAGCCCGUCUCCUAGACACGGCUCGUCAAGCUCUGGUGCAAUCCCAAAGAGACAUAGUACAGGAGUGAUGUCUCAUAAUCAAAACAGAAACCGAUAUUCAAGGCAUUUAAACAUGGCCAAUAAUGAACCCGCUCAACAAGAAACAUCACCAGUACAAACAUCUCAUUCUUCAAACCACAUUGCCUCUUAUAGCAGCCAAAGCAGUUUUCCAUCGAGUUCUAUUGCUCAUAAAUCUGGUUGGCAAUGUCCACAAUGCACAUAUGAAAAUAAUAUGGCAUCUGUUGCUUGUGAGAUGUGCCAAUGCUCAAGAACCACCAAUAAUAUGGAAGUUGAAUUAUUACAAGAUAAGGGUGAAUCAUCUCAAGUUAUUCCAAGUGGUCUUAUUCGGCAAGAAAGUAAAUUAAUGGAAAAUUUAAGGCAGAUUGAAGAAGAACAAGCACUACCCAAAUGGGAACGUAUUAUAAGAUAUUGUAUAGGGAAUAAUGAACAAUUUGUGGAUGAUUCAUUUCCACCUGCAACUAAGUCUUUGUAUUACAAUGCAAAUGAAGUGAGGGAUAAUCAUGUUGUCCAAUGGAGAAGACCUCAUGAAAUUGCAAGUGAUCAUUCUGGGCUCAAUUGGGUUGUUUUCCGUAAACCAUUGCCAUCAGAUAUUUCUCAAGGUGUUUUGGGCAACUGUUGGCUAUUGAGUGCAUUAGCUGUGCUUGCAGAACGCGAUGAUUUGGUGAGAGAAGUUCUUGUAACAAAAGAGUUCUGUCCCCAAGGUGCGUACCAAGUACGACUUUGUAAAGAUGGUAGAUGGACUACAGUUCUUGUAGAUGAUUUAUUGCCUUGCGACAAACGAGGUCAUCUUGUUUAUUCACAGGCAAAGCGGAAACAAUUGUGGGUACCUUUGAUUGAAAAGGCUGUGGCUAAAAUACAUGGAUGUUUUGAAGCUUUAGUCUCAGGUCGUGCUAUCGAAGGUCUUGCUACAUUAACAGGAGCACCUUGUGAAAGUAUUCCUUUACAGCCAACAUCUCUUCCUACACCUAGUGAAGAUGAGUUGGAUAAAGAUCUCAUUUGGGCGCAGUUGUUGUCUUCUAGACUUGCAAUGUUCCUUAUGGGCGCUUCUUGUGGCGGCGGUAAUAUGAAGGUUGACGAAGAGGAAUACCAACGCAAAGGUCUGCGUCCACGUCACGCGUACUCUGUUCUGGACGUACGUGAUGUGAACCAGGCUAGGCUGCUUCGUUUGCGCAACCCAUGGGGUCAUUACAGUUGGCGCGGGGACUGGUCUGAUGAUUCGCCGCUCUGGACGCCUGAAUUAAGAGCGUCGUUAAUGCCUCAUGGCGCGUCGGAUGGUGUGUUCUGGAUAUCUUUCGAGGAUGUGCUAAAAUACUUCGAUUGCAUAGAUAUUUGCAAAGUGCGUUCGGGCUGGAAUGAAGUCCGUUUACGCGGCACUCUACCUCCAUUAUGUUCAUUGAAUCAUAUUUCUUGUGUUUUGCUGACUGUUCUAGAACCAACUGAAUCAGAAUUCACACUUUUCCAAGAAGGUCAAAGGAAUUCGGAAAAGUCGCAAAGAUCGCAACUGGAUUUAUGUGUCGUUGUAUUUCGUAUUCGGUCGCCUGCUCAACUGGAAGUUGGACGACUUGUUGAACAUAGCAAACGCCAGGUUCGUGGCUUCGUCGGUUGUCACAAGAUGUUGGAGCGAGAUUUGUAUAUGCUGGUUUGCUUAGCAUUUAACCAUUGGCAUACUGGCAUUGAGAAUCCUUCGAACUAUCCACGUUGCGUCCUUGCCAUUCACAGUUCCAAGAGGUUGCUGGUGGAACAAAUUACCCCGCCUCCUUUUGUACUGGCUGACGCUAUUAUAAGCCUUACUCUCGCCAAAGGCCAAAGACACGAAGGCCGAGAAGGAAUGACGGCAUACUACCUCACAAAGGGAUGGGCUGGUCUCGUAGUAAUGGUUGAAAAUAGGCACGAGAAUAAAUGGAUUCAUGUAAAAUGUGAUUGCCAAGAAAGUUACAACGUGGUUUCUACUCGUGGCGAACUCAAGACUGUUGACUCUGUGCCGCCUUUGCAAAGACAAGUGAUCAUCGUGCUGACGCAGCUCGAAGGCAGCGGAGGUUUCUCGAUAGCCCAUCGUCUGACGCACCGUCUGGCCAACAGCCAGGGUCUGCACGAUUGGGGUCCAGGUGGAGCGACCCAUUGCCCGCCAUUGGAUCACCAGGUUCACGGGCUGCACGCGCCGAGACUCAUCACGUGAUAACCAUUAGCUGUCAGCCAACAACCAGUCACUAUCACCGUUUUAAGGAUUGUAUUUACGUUUUUAGUACUCGGAUGAAUGGUAAUAUUAGGAUAGGAAAUUGUGGUUUAUUGAAGAGUUUUUAAUUUGUCGCAUCAACUUUAUCGCCAAAAAUUAUCUAUUAGUCUUGUCAUUUUGAUACUUUCAUUCGGCCGCAAAUUUGAUGAUAUUUGAUUACCCGUUACACCAAAUGUAUGUUAAUAAAAUUUUAUUAUUAUUCGUAAGUGCUAGGUAAGGAAGUAAUGUUAUAUCAGGAACUCAACUUUCGAAGUUAUUUUGGUUAUGAAAUUUCGUAUAAUUUUUGUUUCAAAAGCCACGAAUUUUAGUGCGAGGUGUGUGUGCAUGUGAUCUAGAUAUGCAUUCCGUCACAACAUUGCUUGGUACUAUUUAUUUUUAUUUUGGUUGAAAAUUCAGUGAUUUAUAUGAUAUUAUUAUUGAGUUAUAACUCAUUAA